AGUGACGCGGGCAGGGCUCCGGGCGCGAGCCGGGCUCCCGCAGCAGCACAUUCAUCGGCUGCCAAGAGGAGCCGCCGGGCGCUCGCAGGCUCGCAGGCUCGCAGGCUCGCAGGCUAGGCGCGCGCUGCUCUCCGGAGGACCGGGCUACCGAGCCAAACCCCGCCGCCGCCUCUCCGCGCGAGCCAUGGCCGGCCUCGGCCACCCCUCCGCCUUCGGCCGGGCCACCCACGCCGUGGUGCGGGCUCCGCCCGAGUCCCUGUGCCGCCACGCGCUGAGGCGCUCCCAGGGCGAGGAGGUGGAUUUCGCCCGCGCCGAGCGCCAGCACCAGCUCUACGUGGGCGUGCUGGGCAGCAAGCUGGGGCUGCAGGUGGUGCAGCUGCCGGCCGACGAGAGCCUGCCCGACUGCGUGUUCGUGGAGGACGUGGCCGUGGUGUGCGAGGAGACCGCCCUCAUCACCCGCCCCGGGGCGCCCAGCCGCAGGAAGGAGGUUGACAUGAUGAAAGAGGCUUUGGAAAAACUUCAGCUCAACAUAGUAGAGAUGAAAGAUGAAAACGCAACCUUGGAUGGCGGGGACGUCCUAUUCACAGGCAGAGAAUUUUUUGUGGGCCUUUCCAAAAGGACAAAUCAACGAGGUGCUGAAAUCUUGGCUGAUACUUUUAAGGACUACGCAGUCUCCACAGUCCCUGUGGCCGAUUCUUUGCAUUUAAAGAGUUUCUGCAGCAUGGCCGGGCCCAACCUGAUUGCAAUAGGGUCCAGUGAAUCUGCGCAGAAGGCCCUCAAGAUCAUGCAGCAGAUGAGUGACCAUCGUUAUGACAAGCUCACUGUGCCUGACGACAUGGCCGCCAACUGUAUAUAUCUAAAUAUCCCCAGCAAAGGGCAUGUCUUGCUGCACCGAACCCCAGAAGAGUACCCAGAAAGUGCAAAGGUCUAUGAGAAACUCAAGGACCAUCUACUGAUCCCUGUGAGCAAUUCGGAGAUGGAAAAGGUGGACGGCUUGCUCACCUGCAGCUCCGUUUUUAUUAACAAGAAGACGGACUCCUGAGCGGGAGAGUCCCUCCCCCAUGGCCAGCGAGUGGCCAAGGCCAGGCUGAUGGCUCUGUACCCAUUCCUCCUGUUUCCUUUGACAAUCUACUGUGCCACUAACUCUUGUUUACAAGCAAAAGAAAAACUAAUGCCAAUUUUAAUCACCUCAUUUCCCACACCCUCCUUCUCCUCAUGGUGGUACUUCCCUAACCUGUGCAUUUGUUAAAUGAAUUAAGCAACCUAGGAAAUACAGAACUAACGAAUCAUUGGGAUGUGAUGGAUAGCGUGGAAGCCCUCACUUCAGUGUUUGUGUCCUUCGUGUGGGGAUAGUUUAGCUGCAGGGCAAUCCUGAAGACCGUCUUCCUGGCCAGCCAGAUAAGCAAGGGGCUUUCUUCCUCUAGAUCAUGAAUGGCAUUUGGUUCCUGUGAAAUUCCCUAGAACAUGCAUUUUUCCCAUUCCCCUCUCUUCUCUCCUCUAAAAACCUUUCUUCCAGGUCUUUUUUGUGGCCUUCCCCGCUUCUUUCGUAAUCGACUUGACCUUGGAUUUACCCAAGCUCUUGUGCGCUGGAUGCCUUCCCAAAGGUCCACGCCUCUCUGCCUCACAGCCACUUCUCCACCACCACCGUCAAAUCAGAGUGUCUUUUUGGGGAACAGGAACCUCCCAGAGGCACAUCCUGACAGGCUUUCCCAUCGCCACACCUAGGAAGGUAAAGCCAGCCUCAGGUGGUUGAUACAGGAACCUAGAAACACCCCAUGGGUACAUCUUAGAGAGACUGAGUCACACGCCGUGAUUUCACCUCAUGACUGAUCCUGUAGCAUGGAGGGAAGUCUUUCUCCACUCCACCGCCUCCCCGCUCUUCAGCUUCCUUCUGACUCACCUUGUAUCUACCCUCUUAGAAUCAUCAUGAUCUUGAAAAAGUCAUUUCCUUCAGAAGAGGCAGAGCAUCUAAAAGGAUUGUUGAUGGUCUGGUGAGAGCCAGAGGGAGCUGCCUCCACCCAAGGCCUAGGAGCGCAAUCAGGAAAUGGUUCCUAAGGUCAAUCUCAAACAAUGUCUGAGUCUCCUGUGAAAUAUCCAUGAAUGUUUACUGUGGAAUUCAACUGGAACUUCAAAUUACGCAGCAGCUUUCAGCUGGUCUCACAGAGAGCAAUACCACAGCGAAGGGAGGAAGCAUUCCUUUUACAAAGCUGAAUUAGGCCAGGGACAUAGUACUUUACAAGGCACAGUGACCCAGCCAGGCACGUCAUCAAACUUCUGGUCACUUCUACCUUUGCUGUAUAGCCAGCAGUUUGUCAUUCAAUAUUUAAAGUUGAGGAGACAAAGACUAGGUCAGCUCUCUCUCUCUCUCUCUCUCUCUCUCUCUCUCUCUCUCUCUCUCUCUCUCUCUCUCUCUCCUCACCUCUCUUUGUGAUCUCUGUGCUUCUUAGAGUGCAAGGCAAGAGCGACUGGCCUUCACUGCAUUCCCCUCAGCGGAUAGAAGUGAGAAAAUCAAGGUGUCCUUCUCCACACUUCUGCAGUCUCUCUAAGAAAUCUCCAUCUCUUCCUUCCUCCACCACUCUUCUGCAGUCUCUCUGAAGAAAUCCCCAUCUCUUCCUUGAUGUCUAACUUUAGACUCAUAGCACACCCUGUGAAUAAACCAUAGCGUGGUCACUAUCAUAUGUCACAACGUAUCAUGGGUGAAUGGUUAGGUCUUUUCCAGGGUGAAUGAAUGUGAGCCAGUUGCCUAAAUUAAUAAAGGAAAAUUGUUCUCAG